AUGUCCAUUCUCACCUUACUUGGCAUCGGGAAACUCCCCACCGCGAGGCUUCAGGAUCCCUUUGGGUCCAAGGGGGCUGAAUGGCUGAAGGAGUACAUGCUGGAGAUGGUGAUCAAACCGCAGGCCGGCUAUCAGUCAAGAUGGUCGGAGAAGCAAGAUAACGAGGACGGAGACUGGGACACCCGUUAUGGAAAGGCUUGCGAGAUCCUUCGCAGCCGGGAAAGUGUCGUAUGGUUUGGGGACGCUCGGUGUACCGAAUGUGUUGGGGACGAGGACCGGGGGGAACUCCCUUGUGUUCAAAUACCGGGUGACAAGAAGUGUGCCGUUUCACUUUUUGGGUACGCUUGGAUCAGACAUGGCUACGGCGUGGGUCACUCUGAAAAGGAUAGCUAUUCGUUUCGUGAAGAGUGCAACGACCCUCUGCCUGAAAAAACCCGAAGUGAAGCGCCUCGAAUCUCGCUGCCCGAAUUGGAUUUCCAACUCAGAGAAGAAAUCCGCCAGUCAGUCGACAAGGCAUGGGCCUACAUCUCGUCGGCUUUAGUGGAGGAGGGGAUGUACAAGGACGGCCUUCAGGGGCCUUGGGGCAUGUACUACCCACAGAGAGCGCUGGACUACUUCGGACCGCGACUGGACGCUAUAUGCACCUGGAUCCCUCGGUAUGCGAAAGACACCCGGGGGUUCCAGACAGGCGGAGCCUUCAGCCAGGAUUAUACUGACUUCAUUCAGGGAAUCCGCCGCAUCUCAUAUGCAGGCAGAUGUCUCACCGAGAUAAUGGAAAAUCAUUGGAAGUUUAGGGCUAUCAAAGCGAAGGAAGCCGAGGCGUCGAGCAGACCUCCUAGUAAGAGACCGCUUGCUCAGCGUUUGGCCGACAAGGUUGAGGAGCUCGACGCGCUUCAAAAGACGAACGAAGCAUUGCAUGAGACGGUCGCCAGCCAGGCCAAAAAGAUCCAGGAGCAUCAGAAGGCCAAUGACGAGCUCACGGCGGCGCGGGACAGCCAGGCCGAGGAGCUUCGGACCAUUCGUCAAGAGAUGGCCUCUCAGACUGAGCAGCUUCGCCAAGCUCGGGAGGAGAUGGAUAGCCAGGCCGAGGCACUUCGCCUAGCUAGAGAUGCUUCAAGUCUUUACGAAGCGCGCAAGAGGUUAGCGAAACAGGACGAGAGGUUAGCCAAGCAGAGCAGGAUCCUCGAGCAUUUCCACAAGACGUUGGUGGAGCACGCAGAGGACGAAGGGGCCGAUUCUGAUCCGGAUGAGAUGGACGAUGCUACGAUCGAGCAACAGGGGAUGAUGACUAGGGCUAGCAAGCGGCAGAGAGUCCACCCGGGUCUAGUCGGGCCCAGGCAGCUACGAGGCGACGAGAAGGAGGUGGGGAGCGGACCGGACGAGAGGCUGGACGACCCGAACGAGGAUAUGCAAGUCGAGCCGGACGAGGAAGGGGAUAAUGCUAGAGCGGGAAAACGGCAGAGGACGGACUGA